UAGAAAUAAAACCUACCUCUCUCCUCUCCGUUCGCCGCCGCCGUCACUACCACCACAACUCCACUCGCUCUGCUCGUCGGACAGAUCGAGGGCUCGCACCAACCGGCGAGGCGGAGGCGACCAUGGCGGACACCGCAAGAGCAAGAGCGCCGCCUCCCAACCGCAGCCUCCCGGAGGAGAUCCUCAUCUGGGAGAUCCUGGUCCGCCUGCCCCCCAAAUCCCUCCUCCGUUGCCGCGCCGUCUGCCCCGCCUGGCGCCGCGCCACCUCCACCCGCGACUUCCUCCUCGCCCACCACGCCCGUCAGCCCACCCUCCCUCUCCUCGACGACUUGAGCAGCAUCGGCUACGGAGGCCACUCCUUAGACACCAUCCCCACCCCCUCUCCCUUGGAGCACCAGGCCGCCACCGGCCGGCUCCAGUCCGUCGUGCGAUUUGAUGAUGCCUACUUCCGCCUGUUCGCCUCCUGCGACGGCCUCCUCCUUCUCUCCAUGGCCACUGGCUACUUAGUCCUCUGUAAUCCGGCGACUCGUCAGUUUGCUCGUCUCCCGCUCCUUCCUGGCUUCAUACCCUUGGGGAUGUAUCCACACAGCCCAACUGGAACUGGGGAGUACCGACUAUUGCUCUACCUGUCUUCCUCGGAACGGGCACCUGACGCUCAAGCUGGCUGCUACAUCCUCUCUCUAGGCUCCGGCCAGCUGCCCAGGCACAUAGGGUGCAGGGAUGUGGAGAGACUCAUAAACACCUUCGGAUCUGUCAUGUUCCAUGCUAGCCUACAUUGGCACCGGCACAAUGUGAUAAUGGUAUUUGACACCAUAACCGAGUUGUUUCGUGAGAUGUCUGCUCCUAUUGUUCCUGGCCCCGUCAACCUGUUUGAGACGGAUGGAAUGCUUGCCGCCUCCAUCUUCACUGAUCCAACGACAUCCAUUGAUAUCUGGAUGGCACAGGACUAUGACAAUGAGGUUUGGGCCUUCAAAUAUCGGGUCAAUUUGCCGGUUGCAGAGCUCACAGCACAGUUUGGGAAGAUUAACAAACGUUGCUGUGUGGUGUUUGCCUCUUCGGAUGGUCAUGCGCUUGUGCUGGCCAAAUUUGGAGAUUGGCUGCUUCAGGUUGAUAUGGAUGGCAAGUUGGUUGCCAGUUUCCAUGGCAGAGGCAUUGGCCCUACUCAAAAUCGGCUGAAACAAUCUCUUUUUCAGCAUACCUUCUUUCCCACACUUGAGGGUUAUGUUGUCAACGCGUCGCCUUUCAUCUGACCAGAUGAUUAUGUUGUCAACACACAGCCUUUCAUCUGAGGGAGGUUGAUUGUGGUAAUGCUUCUUAUGGGCCUGGCUCCCCGUGUCCGUUUGAACUGCAGUAUGUAUUAACUGCAUCCACUAUGAGGCCGCUAGCUUCUUUUUUGAUCCAUAAAAAAUUAUGAUCAAGAAGCUCUGAGUGUUACAUGGUUGUGUUAUAUUUCUCUAAAUAUCCUUUUGGGCUGAAGUGGCUGCCGUGAGUGCAGAUGCUAAAACUACAAAUCAUUUGGCUGACAUGAGUGUUGAUGCUAAGACAAUCCUAAAAUAAGCUGGACAAAUGAAAUAUGUACUGAUAAGAGAAGAAAGGUUAUCAUUGGUUAGCCUGUGUUCCUUUCUUUUGGUUCAGUGUUUGAAAUGUUGGCAACUGUUCUGACUCGUGUCACUGUUCUCUUGAACCGGAGAAUAGAUCCCCUCCCCCCUCCCCUCUCUCCCUUUAUGUAGUAGUUUGUCUGUACUCAAGGUAGCAAUGUAGCUGCCUCUUCUCUCUGUUUACUGAAUUGAACAAUUGAAUUAUAUCCGUUUACCGAUGUCUUCAUUUGUAGAGUUUAUCUGAUGGUCUUCUUAAUACUAAAACUUAGCACACGGGUGUCUUGUUUCUAUUUUUUGGCUGUAGCUAGCCGAUUAUCUACUUGUUGGCUAGCAAGUUACACCUGAUUUUUAGAAGAGCUUGGAGCACUACUCUUGUUAUAUUAAGUGAUUAAAUUAUAGUAGCUUUUCCGAAAUAUUCUGCUGCAAUUCAUUCCUUCUUCAUGAAUCAAUUGCAUCAUUUGGAAUGUUCUGCUGCAAUUCAUUCUUCAUGAAUCCCUUGCAUCAUUUGAAAUAUUCUGUUAUAAUUUCAGGUUCUUGUUGCAUCAUUUGGAAUCAUCAGUUCACUUUGGCUGCUAACUAUUUUAAUGAAUUAAUAUUAUACCGACACUAUUCCUUUGAAAAUUAGGAUCACCUAUGUAGAGUUGAUAGCAAAGAUGAGAAAGGACUAAUUGGGGCUGGUGUUUGUGGCACCCUUUUUACUCGUGUUUUUUACUGGAGUUUCUGGUUGUUAAUUUGAGCGUUAGGGAUUGUUUCCUAUUCAGAGUUUUCAAGAAACUGUCGUGCCCAAUUUCCAUCCCCACACAAUACUGUUUGGUAACUUACCUAAAGUUGUAUUAUUAUCGGCUAGUGCAAGCAAUCAGCUGCCAUCAUAAGGAAAAAAUAGUUCACUGUCAGGUAAGCUUGCAGUUCAGAUUACGAGGUACUAAUCUCUUGAGCUGUGAAGGACAUGUGCGAAAUGAUCUGGAAAUUAACAUUUGCACUUGCGCCAUGAUAAUACAGACUUUGUGGUCGGGUAGAUUGUUAUUUGAUGAGUAGUGGACCUGCAAAUAAAUUGUUGAAUAUACUUGAUUCUUCACAGAUGGCCUUGCAGGAUUGUUCUGGAAACAGAUGCAAAUGCGAUAUCUGAGAAGGUGCCAGGCCAUCGAUUGGAAGGAGCUGGAUCCUUCACUGAGCAGAUGAUAAGCCAAGCCGUAGCGACUGCGGAAGUGCACAUCACAAGCAUAGUGCACCAAGUUUGCAAGAAAGAAAAUGAGUUGAAUCCUCCUCUGUAUGAGUGAGCAUAGUGCAUCAUCUAUGGCUGUGGUUGUUGGCAUUUUGUUUGCGGAGAUGUGUGUCCAGCCCAAGUGCCUAACUGGUCACCAGAUUCCUAGGUCUUUUAAGGAACUUGUGAUCUGUGCAGUCAUUGGUCCUGUUGUUUUACCUCCCUUUGGUGAAAUAUGAGCAAGCAUGUUGAUGGUCAAAAUGGUUUUUUGUUAAGGGCAAGCAUGUCUAUUCUGCAAAUAAGGAGACAACAAAACACUUGAAAAUCUUGGGUCGGCGUGUCGCAGGCACUGGCGUGUUGUGACAAAACAUGAUAGGAAGAGAGUUACCCUGGACCUGGAGUGCAACAUAUGUGGGAAUGGGUCUGAAGACGCCCAUCAUGCUACUGUGUGUUAUACCAACUAACAACGCAGUGGCAUUAUGAGCUGAGCUGCGGCAAGUUCUGAAGAGGCACCCAGAAAUUCAGGCCCUGACAGAUUGUGAGUGGAGGAGAUCAGAAGUAAAGUCCUGUUGAGGCUGUGGUGCUGUUUGGAGGAAUGGUGUUAUUGUUCACAACAAAGUUGAUGGUACACCAUUGGUGCCUCAGUUGCCUUCCUCCCGAAUUAUUUUUUCCUGUACCCAACCUGAUUACCAUGUGUGUGGCCGUAAGAAGCUGACCAUUUUAAGGAACCAAUGCUUCAUCUGAUGUUCGAUCUUAACAUAUGAUCGAGAAAUAAAACUUGUACUGAUCUGCA